GUAGUGAUGGUGGUUCUGGAUCCAUUAAACCGAAUUCCUCUCACACAAUCCACAAGUCACAUAAAAGCUGCUCAAUUCCUGUCACAAUCAAACUCAUGACAAGGAAACUGAAGGAUAAAACUUACAGUACUUAUAAAUUAAAGCGUUUCUCUAACCAGUAAAUAAUUCCAUACGUUUGCCCAGUGUGCCAUUUAGAGGGCGACUAAUGUAACAUUUAUUAAAAUAGUUUGGGCCUUCGCACGCACUUUCAUGUAAUUCUAGAAGCUUUUCCGGUUACUAUGGUUCCUACAUGUCCCAGCUUCCCGUGCGCAUGCGUACUGCCCCACAUGAGACGCCCUCGUGUAACUGACAGGUCCUCCUAACUAAUGGGGAUCGGACGCAAUGCGAGCAAGCCAAUCAGCGGUUUAGAGGCGGCAGUGGUUUCCAUGGUAUCAGAAGGUCCGCUACAACUUGGCCAUGCAGCCAAUGGUAACAAUUUCCCCGUAGAAUGACAUACAUCCUCUCCUACAGGGAACGGCCGAGCCCCGAGUAGGACCGCCCACACACGUGACAGACGUUUCUGCCAUCAAAUUGGAACUUAGAUUCAUUUUGACUGACGCAAAAAGCAACCAAUUGUUUAACGGUUACUCAGACCGUCGCUGACGACUUCAGUGAAGGGGGAGGGUCGGUAGCAACAGUUGCCCGGGUGAGGGACGGAGCGGCCAUAGCCACGGUAGUCGUGGCGACAAGAACCCCGGCAACAGGAAUCAACAACAACAACGACCUCUGCAACUCGGGACCCCCACGGUCCACCCCCAAUUAACGGACUCCUCGUCCCGUUAUUAUUGUCUGUGUACAAGUCACUUCCUUGCUGAACGUGCACUACCCAGGGUCUGACGUUAAAGUGAAGCCGUGUGGUUUGCUGCACCUGGGUAAUACCCGUAAUGGCCACACAGGCCUAUGUGACAGAGCUCCAGGCAGCUCCACCCGCUCCCACUCAGGGCACCUCACAGCAGUAUGUGGCGGAGCUGCAGGUCACACAGCAGACGACCCCUGGCAGCUCCCAGUCGGCAGGAUCCCAGACUCCCACUGCUCAGCAGUACAUUGUAGUUACUGUCUCGGAAGGGUCAGUGAGAGGCAGUGAUGGAGAGCUCAGCCCAGAGGGAACCCCGACACCCACAGCCGCAGUCGCCACACAGGUGGUACAACAAGUGCAGGCAGCACAGCAGAGGCUGCUGUUAGAAGCAAGGGUGCAGCCCAAAAUCACUGCAGUCUCCCCGCUGCAGCUGACUGGAUCAUCGCUACCCCAGCAACGGCUGGUGGUGCAGAGCUCUCCUCAGGGAACUAAAGCAGCACAAGUCUCACUAACAGUACACACCGUGCAGCAGCCAGCACUCUCCCCAUCUGAUGGGGACAGCCCAUCUCUGAAGGCAGGACAAGCCCAACCAUUGCAGCUGCAUGGAACACAACAAGAGCGAUCAGUCGUACAGGCGAAUCCUCAGAAAUCCUCCCCCGUUCAUCAGCUGACAGUUCAGGCUCUACAGCAUGUCCAGGGGACCCCAGAGGUCCAGCAGCUGCAGCAAGUCCCAGUGCAACAUGUAUAUCCCAGCCAGGUGCAAUAUGUGGAGGGAACUGACACCACAUAUACUGGAGGCACCAUCCGAUCCGGGUCCUACUCCUACACUGAGACUCCUCUGUACAACCAGGCUACGGGAUCUACUUACUACGAGUCCCAGGGAGCCACAGGGCAGGUCAGCUCUCCCACCUCCUCCCCAGCUUUGGCCAGCAGCCCGUCGUUGCCCAUGUAUGUGUCUGGGGGGCAGAUUCUCACCAACACCACCCAGUCCGCGGCCUCAGGUGGAACUGGAGCAGGUGCUAGUGGAUCAGGAACCUACGUUAUCCAGGGUGGAUUUAUCAUGGGCAGCUCUACUCAGUCCUACUCUCAUACCACACGGGCCUCGCCAGCCACGGUGCAGUGGCUGCUGGAUAACUAUGAGACGGCCGAGGGGGUGAGCCUACCCCGCAGCACCCUUUAUUGCCACUACUUACUGCACUGUCAGGAGCAGAAACUGGAGCCUGUAAAUGCCGCCUCUUUUGGGAAGCUGAUCCGCUCAGUCUUCAUGGGCUUGCGAACCCGCCGACUGGGCACAAGGGGGAACUCCAAGUACCACUAUUAUGGCCUGAGAAUCAAAGCCAGCUCCUCACUAAUGCGCCUGAUGGAGGAUCAGCAGCACCUUGCUAUGCGGCAGCAGCCCUUCUCCCAGAAGCAGAGACUUAAAGCUGUCCAGAAAAUGGAAGGAAUGAGUAACGGGGUCGGGGGCUCCCAGCAGCAGACUCCUGGUCUGUCCGACAUCAGUUCUCAGGUGCAGCAGUACCAGCAGUUUUUAGAUGGCUCAAAGACACUUCCAGAAUUUGCAGAGAUCGAUUUGCAGGGGAAGCCCCUCCCUGAUGAUAUUACCCUGGCCAAUGUAAAAGCUUUCCAGCUGCUGUACAGAGAGCACUGCGAGGCUAUAGUGGACGUGGUUGUGAAUUUGCAGUUUACCCUGGUAGAGACCCUGUGGAAAACCUUUUGGAGGUUCAACCAAGCGCAGCACAGUGAUAACGCAAUAGAUGAUGAAGCUGAGAAGCGUCUGCCUAAGGACUGCCUGGUGCUGCUCUCAAAAUAUGAGCCUUUGCUUAAAUGGAGCAGAGACUGUGAUCAUCUCCUGUAUCAGGUUCUGGUGGAGACACUCAUACCAGAUGUUCUGCGCCCCAUACCAAGUGCCCUGACACAAGCUAUUCGCAACUUUGCAAAGAGUCUGGAAAGCUGGCUAACCAGUGCAAUGAUGAACAUACCUGAAGAGAUGGUGCGGAUUAAGGCUGGCGCUGCAAGUGCCUUUGCCCAGACGCUGCGUCGAUACACGUCUCUGAAUCACCUGGCGCAAGCUGCUCGUGCCGUGCUGCAGAACACUGCUCAGAUCAACCAAAUGCUCAGCGACCUCAACCGAGUCGAUUUCACCAAUGUGCAGGAACAAGCCUCCUGGGUGUGUCGCUGUGCAGACCGGGUGGUACAGAGGCUGGAGCAGGAUUUCAAGCUGACACUUCAGCAGCAGAGUUCCCUCGAGCAGUGGGCCGAGUGGUUGGAUAGUGUUGUCUCCCAGGUGCUGAAACCUUACCAGGGGAGCCCAGGAUUUCCCAAAGCGGCGAAACUCUUCCUGCUGAAGUGGUCCUUCUACAGCUCAAUGGUUAUAAGGGAUCUGACCCUCCGCAGCGCUGCCAGUUUUGGAUCUUUCCACCUGAUUCGGCUGUUGUACGAUGAGUACAUGUACUACCUGAUAGAGCACCGCGUGGCACAGGCUCGUGGGGAGACUCCUAUCGCUGUCAUGGGAGAGUUUGCGACCCCAGGAAACACAUUGCGCUCCCUCGACCAAGAGAAAGAGGAAGAAGAGGAAGAGGAUGAUGAGAGUGAUGAAGAUCUGGCUCAUGAGUUGCCCCUGACCAUGAAUGACCCCUCCAACACUUUGGGCUGUGACUCGCUAGAGCCUCCUGCUAAGCUCGCAAGGAGCGACUCCCAAGGGAUCUUUGUGCAGGUGCCUCCAACCUCCUAACCAGCCAACUGCCAGUCAACCUCCAGCCAACUGCCAGCCCAAAACUGCAGCCAAGCCUUGUGGUUCUGGGGUGGAAGUGAGAGCCUAUCAUCCUGCUGAGACGUUUCACUGGCUGUAAAGCAGAGCUUGCUUCUUUCAUCUCUCUCACACACACACAAGGGCUGUUAGUGUCCCGGCUUGGGUUGUGUCCCAACAAUACACACGUAACACAAAGCCCAAGCCUGGCUCUCUCUUAAAGAAACAAUGCACCAUUUCUUGUCAUGCCUGUGUAGUCACAUGUCUGUGCCAAUCAAUCUCAUUGUGUGUGUUUGUGUAAAUACAUAACUAUAUAUAUAAAUAUAAACACACACACUUUGUACUGCCAUGCUGGCACAGACCUAUGGAUUGUGUAAAUAUUUUAAUGCCUCGCUCUCCAUGUCUAUGAUAUAUAUAUAUAUAUAUGUGUGUAUAUACAGAAAUCUAUAUUGAAAUGUGUGUGAUUUUAGCACACAAUCAAUCUCUGCGCCACAUCUACUGGGUUGGCCGAAUGUGCCCAGCAUUAUGGCCGCACCGUUGCCCAGUCCAAACGUCGGCCUGAUUGAACCGCUGCCAAAUCUCAACUUGCUCCAUCAGCACCGCUGGGCUUGAUCCGAUCCUGCGCGGCAACUCUACAUCAGUCUUGUCCAAUGCCUUAACCAGACUCCGAUCCCCAUGUGUUGCCGCCAGACAACGUUCUCCUGAUGAUUUAUUUCCCCUCGGAGGAAACCGUUCAUAUAUUGGCUUAUUUUUGAUGUUGCCAUGGAAACGGCUGUGACUGAGCUCCCGCAUUAUGGCCUUACCUGUCUGUGUCCGGCCUGUCCUAUAAUCAUCUGUACCGAAUGGAAGAAUCCUCCCGUAUUUUGUAUAAGUGAUACAUCUAUAAAGCUUCGUUUUGUGUCGGCACGAGAGAGAGAGGGAAGGUGAGCGGAGGACAGACGGGCGGACGCCGGAGCUAAAGCUUUUCUAACCUUUUGUAGUUAUUUGCUAAAUACACAAUAAAUUUUGCUGUGUUAUGUA